AUGAGUGCAUACUCUACACUUAAAGAGAAACUAUUGAACGCAAAGUACUGGAUACUUAGAUACUCAACAGAAGAAGUGUUUGCCAGGAAGAUCCUUUCCAACCAAAAGACAGACUCCAUCAAAGACAUUGGGUUUCUUAUCUCUGCCUCUUUUAUGGACAGUAAAAUUCUGAACAUUGCUCUGAAGAUCGCGUUUAAACGGCUGGGCGUGUGCGAGACUAUCUUGUUUUCCAAGCACAUACAGUACUACAAGUCGCUAGUGUUCCUGCAGAAGGUGUGCAUGGAGAGCUCUUUAGCCAAGAGAGAAGUAAAGAAAAACCACAAAAAAAUACUCCCGUUCAUAUUCUACACCAAAAGCUGCUGCAACUUGGACAUGAGCAUAAGAAUCGCAUCAAUUGCCAUACUAAAACAGAUAAACAAAGAGCUAGUAGCAUCGGAUCCAUCGCACAACACUUUCAUUACCUGUGUGUCUAAUACGUACAUCGAAGCAGAUGAGUGCACAGACAAUGAAAUAUUAGAAGAGUGCUAA